GUUCUCACAGACCUGCCCUGGGUUCAUUCUCUACUGUCACACCUCCCAAACUUGGUACCCAUCACAGACCCAUCUCUAGUAGACAUUGGGUGGUGGGGCAAUGCAAGCACUUCCUUUGGGAUUGGAGUGGUUAUACAGAAGCACUGGCCGUCUGGCACAGGGUGA